AUGGCGAACGAACUAUUAGCUCGUGCCUCACUUCCCCCAACAUCGGAGUUACUUUCUCGGACCAUAUUUGCUGUAUAUGACGCUGUCAAAGCAGCCAAUGAAGUUGUCAUUCACAAGGAAAAUUUCAAGAGAUUCUCUAUUCACCUGGAGAAUGUUUCGGUUAUAUUGAAGUCUUUGUCGAAGGAAGACAUAAACAAUGCCGGGAGCUUGCAAAAGACUAUGGCUGGUCUCAACCGAGAGGUUGAAGUUGCUAAGCAGCUUUCUAUUGAGUGCAACAUCAGAAGUAAGGUUUAUCUUUUAAUCAAUUCAAGAAAGAUCAUUACACACUUGAAUUGUUGUACCAAGGAUAUAGGCCGCGCGAUAAGCCUUAUUAUCCUCUCGGUCUCUUUAGACGUUAACUCUGGUUUAAAUAAAAGGGUAAGUGAGUUGUGCCAGAAAAUGUUAGAUGCUGAGUAUCAAACAGCUGCAACAGAUGAGGAGAUUUUAAACAAAGUUGAGAUAGCAAUACAAGAGGGAAAUGUUGAUCGGUCGUAUGCGAAUCAGUUGCUAACUGGCAUUGCACAUGCCAUUGGGGUCCCCAUGGAGCAUGGUGUUUUGAAGAGAGAAUUUGAAGAUCUGAAAAAUGAAAUGGAAAAUGCCAAGUCAAGGAUGGACGGCGCAGAAGCUCUACACAUGGAACAGAUUGUUGCGGUGCUUGGAAAAGCAGAUUUUAUAUCUUCAGCACAAGAGAAGGAAACUAAGUAUUUUGAGAAGAGAAAUUCCUUGGGAGAGAGACCGUUGACAGCUCUACAUUCUUUUCACUGCCCAAUCUCUCAUGAAAUUAUGGUGGACCCUGUGGAGACUUCCUCUGGGAAGACAUUUGAGAGAAGUGCAAUAGAGAAAUGGUUUGCUGAAGGGAACAAUCUCUGUCCUAUGACCAGGUUGCCUCUGGAUACUAAAAUCCUAAGGCCAAAUAAAACUCUUAGAAUGUCUAUUCAAGAAUGGAAGGAUAGGAACACUAUGAUUACCAUUUCUACCAUCAAAUCCGAACUUGAAACAAAUGAUGAAGAGGGAGUGGUUCAAUCCUUAGACAAAUUAUAUGACCUAUGCGUAGAAAGAGAGGUACACCGAGAAUGGUUAAAAAUGGAGAAUUGCAUAACUGUUCUUAUUGGACUUCUUAGUUAUAAAAAUCGUGAAAUAAGGAGGCGUGUCCUACUCAUUCUGUCUAUGCUUGCAAUGGAUAAUGAAGAGAACAAGGAAGAUAUUGUUGAAGUGGAUAAUGCACUUGGAUUGAUUGUUCGCUCACUUUCACGUCAAGUUGAGGAGCGCAAGUUGGCAUUGGAGUUGCUGUUGGAUUUAUCUAAAAGUAAAAUGGUGUGCAGUCUCAUAGGAAACAUUCAAGGAAGCAUACUUCUGCUGGUAACAAUGUUAAAUAGUGAUGAUGUUGAAGCAGCCAAAAAAGCACAUGAGCUGCUGGAGAAUCUCUCUUUCCUUGAUCAGAAUGUUGUAGAGAUGGCAAAGACAAAUUAUCUUAAGCCUUUACUACAGAAACUUUGUACAGGACCAGAAAAUAUGAAAAGAGUCAUGACUGAAACUUUGUCAGAAAUUUCAUUAACGGACCAAAAUAAAUUGUCCUUGGUCAAAGAUGGGGCAUUGCAACCUCUUCUUCAGCUACUCUUAAAUGAUGAUGUGGAAAUCAAGAAAGUGUCUGCCAAAGCUCUGCUACAGCUCUCAAACUUGCCAGAGAAUGGCCUGCAGAUGAUUAAGGAAGGUGUUGCUCAACCACUGUUGGAACUACUAUACUGUCACUGUUUACAGUCACCUACUCUGCUUGAACAGGUUGUUACCACGAUAAUGCAUCUUGCCAAGUCAACAACUCACCAACAAGCUGAAGCAGAUCAGAUUUCAUUCUUAGAUUCUGAGGAAGACAUAUACAAAUUCUUUUCUCUAAUUUCUUUGACGGCACCUGAGAUACAAAACAGGAUUCUCCAAGCUUUCCAGGCAUUGUGUCAAUCUUUCUAUGGCUUCCGCAUCAGAAAGAGGUUGAGACAGAUAUCAGCAGCUAAAUUAUUGAUAAACUUAUUGGAGAUUAAUACUCAAAAAAGGGUCGAUGCCUUGAAGCUUUUCUAUUGCUUGACAGAAGACGAUGAUCAUGGCAACAUCUCAUCACAUAUAACUGAAAGUUUCAUUAAAGUUUUGCUUAACAUCAUUAAUGUUUCUGAUGACGCAGAAGAGAUAAUCACUACUAUGGGUAUCAUCGGUAAACUACCACAGGAGUCUCAAAUGACCCAGUGGCUUCUAGAUUCUGGGGUACUUAAAACUAUUUUGACUUGUCUUACAGAUCAACAUAAGCAUGCCUCACACAAAAUCGUAGAGAAUUCUGUUCAAGCUCUUUGUCGUUUCACUGUCUCAGCAAAUCUGGAGUGGCAGAAGAGUGUGGCUUUAGAAGGCCUAAUCCCAGUGCUGGUGCAAUUACUGCUUUCUGGAUCACCCUUUACAAAACAAAAUGCAGCUAUUUCAAUCAAGCAGUUUUCAGAAAGUUCAUAUCGCUUGAGCGAGCCGAUAAAGAAGCCGGGUAUUUUCAAAUGCUGCUUUGGAGGCCAGGAAACUGGUUGUCCAGCACACUUGGGCACCUGCUCAGUCGAGUCUUCAUUCUGCAUUUUGCAAGCUAAUGCCUUGGAGCCCCUUGUGCGCUUGCUUCCUGAGCCAAAUGUUGCAACCUGCGAAGCUUCCUUAGAUGCGAUACUAACUUUGGUUGAUAGUGAAGCACCACAGAGUGGAAGUAAGGUACUUGCAAAUUCAAAUGCUAUUGCACAAAUGAUACAAUUACUGAAUGUUCAGGCUCCCAGGUUGCAGGAAAAAAUUCUAACAGCUUUAGAACGAAUUUUUCAACUAGAUGAAGUGAGAAAUAAGUACAAAAUUGUGGCUACAAUGCCCUUGGUAGCCAUAACUCAGGGGAAAGAUAGCCGUUUGAAAAGUCUUGCUGCCAGAGGCCUUGCUCAAUUGGGUGUACUUGAUAAACAAUCUAUAUGUAGUCCUGUUUUGCAGAGUCAUUGUUGUGAAGAAAGAUUUUCAGGCGAAGAUGUGUCUGCACAGAACCAAGUGAAGGCGUCUGUUCAACGAAAAAUACGGCAAAGUAUUGCAGAAGAGUAUCCAGGCCUUGAACCUGUUUUGGAUGAUAUACUUCCCAAGAAGUCCCCUCUUAUAGUUGCUAAAUGUCAGAACCAUCUCAACCUGGUUCUUGUGAAUAACGUGCCUUUGUUUUUCAGUGUCCGUGAUGGACCAUACAUGCCUACCUUGCGACUUCUACAUCAAUAUCCAAAUAUAAUGAAGAAGUUACAAGUUGACCGUGGUGCAAUUAGAUUUGUCUUGGCGGGUGCAAACAUAAUGUGUCCCGGUCUUACAUCUCCUGGGGGUGUCUUGGAUGAGGAUGUAGGAGCAGAAUGUCCUGUGGCAAUCAUGGCUGAAGGAAAACAACAUGCUCUUGCGAUUGGCUUUACAAAAAUGUCAGCAAAAGACAUAAAAGCAAUCAACAAGGGAAUUGGGGUUGACAACUUGCAUUAUCUCAAUGAUGGUCUUUGGAAGAUGGAGCGACUUGAUUAA